GUCUUGGUGGAAACUGUUGGACUGGAAAGAGAAGUGGUGCUGUGCAGAGAGGCGCUGUGGAGCCACUCAGGAGCAGAGUGUGUCUCUGUGCACUCUUUCACUCUUUCAGUGUUUCUUCGGAGCAGUCAUUUGAAUGAAAUGUCCAACAACAGCGCCAACAGCAGUAACCUGCUUCUCGCCCAAAAAGCUGUCAAACAGCUGCGGCUUGAGGCAAGCGUCCGCAGAAUCAAGGUUUCACAAGCUGCGGCUGAGCUGAAGACAUUCUGCUUGCAAAAUGCAAAUAAGGACCCUUUGCUUGUGGGGGUUCCAUCCAGUGAUAAUCCAUUCCGGCCUCCCAAAUCCUGUGCACUCUUCUGAGAUGAAAGGACGAGGCCUUGAAAACACGUCUUACUAGUCGCCCUUCAUUCACUUCAUAAGUGAACUCUGCAGCUAGACCAACACUGCUUUUACAUUUUCACUAGCCUCUUUAUUUUUGUGAGAAGUUUUAUAGAGUUUUAAAAUGUGUUGUUCUUAUGUUGUGUUCUGUAAUUUGACCUUAAAAGAGAAGACUUUAUGUAUUGUUUAAUUAGAGUAAAAAUAAAGGAUGUGUGCAGACAUAGAAGAUCAAAUUCUCAGGCUCUUGGUUUUAAAACACUAAAUUACUUACCUUUCUUUGGCUUUUUAUGUGUCUAAAACAUAAGCAUGAAACCUAACAAGCCUUCCAGGUCAUAUAAGAAAGCCAUAUAAAGUAUUUUAAGUUUCAAGUGUCUUUUGCUUUUUUUCUGCAAUGAAUAUUUCUUGGAUAUCAGUAGACUAAAUGAGUGCCAUUGCUUUUACGCUGAUUGUUUUUAAACUGCAAGAAAAACUGUAGUGUAUUGUAUGAGAUAUAAUUGGUAUCUUGACCAAACUUGAGGACCCAGCUGUUUAUACUGAGUCAUAAGCAACGGCAGAUAUAAAAUUAUGAAUACACCUCUUUUGUUUAGAUUACAUUAUCAUUGUUUAGAAGGUUCAAUUGCGAUUUUUGUUUUCUAAAAAAAAAAUAAAUAAAAAAAUAAAAUAAAGCUAUCUCUCUUUUCGUACUGAAUACGUUUUACAUAAGGAGUGAGUAUUUUCAAACAAAUUGUAAAUUCUGUCAGGCUUUUGGUGCCUUAAAAUAUAAUUGGUUACUGCAUAAUGUUAAUGCCCAUGUCCAAUAAAGUUGUUUCAUGACAAUGUA